AUGAAGUUCUACAGCACUGCUCUCCUAAUAGCCGCCGCAUCUGCCAUGGUGAUGGCUGCCUCGCCAGCCCCUAUGGAGCAUAUGUGCUCUCCGUCCAACAACAAAGGCAAGUGCGAGGGUCUCAACAAGCAUAUCGACACCAGUCUGCACUGCAAUUUGAGCGGUGAUGACAAGUGUUCCCCCUCCUACUGUUGCAAGGAUAACCCCGUUCAUGAUGAUAAAGGUGACAAGAUGAAGUGUUCUAACGUUACCAACCAACGCAAGUGUAAGAGCCUAGGCAAAGAUGUAGACAAGCACAAAACCUGUUACAGAUAUGAUGACAAAAAGUGUGCCAGCUCUCACUGCUGCAAGGAUGAGAAGUAA